AUAUCGCUCUUUCGUUGCUCUUGUCCGGCCACGGAGCUGGGACUUUUUCUCCUCCCGUCGCCGCCGCUCUCCGGCUCUGUUCUUCUACAUACAAUGUGUACUGGAUAGAUGCGUAUUUAUACGUAUAAGAAUGGAAAUUGAAGCGGAGAAAGCACGAGUAGUGAUUUUCAGGGACAUUAGGAGAUAUUACUGUGAGUACUGUGGCAUUUGCCGCUCCAAGAAGUCUCUCAUCUCGUCUCAUAUCCUUAGUCACCACCAGGAGGAAAAUGUAACUGAGGUAAAUAAUGGGACAAGCGGGGGGGAUAAAUUGAGUACUUGUGAAGUGUGCAGUUCGAGUUUCCGGAAGCCUGCUCAUCUGAAACAGCACAUGCAAAGCCAUUCUCUAGAGAGGCCUUUUACAUGCCCAGUGGAUAACUGUCACUCCAGCUAUAGAAGAAAGGAUCACUUGACCAGGCAUAUGAUCCAACAUCAAGGGAAGUUGUUUGAAUGUCCUAUUGAGGAAUGUAAAAGAAGAUUUGCAUUUCAGGGUAAUAUGAAGCGGCACAUAAAAGAGUUGCACCAAGAAUCCUCUUCGACUAAUGUUGAGCCUCCAAAAGAAUACGUUUGCCCAGAACUGGGAUGUGGAAAGGUGUUUAAAUAUCUCUCCAAAUUGAGUAAACAUGAAGAUUCGCAUGUUAAGUUGGAUACAGCGGGGGCCUUCUGUUCAGAACCAGGUUGUAUGAAAUAUUUCACCAACAAGCAAAGCCUUAAGGAGCACCUUUGUUCUUGUCAUCAAUACAUUGUGUGUGAUAAAUGUGGAUCCAAGCAGCUGAAGAAAAACUUUAAGCGUCAUCUUAGUAUGCAUGAAGCAGCCAUUUCCAUGGAGAGGAUAAAAUGUAGUUUUAAGGGAUGUUUGCACACAUUUGCUACUGAAUCAAAUCUCAAUCAACACAUGAAAGCUGUGCACUUGGGGCUCAAGCCAUAUGCCUGUAGUAUACCAGGUUGUCACAUGAAAUUCGCAUUCAAACAUGUCAGGGACAAACACAAAAAAUCUGGAUACCAUGUCUAUACCCCAGGAAAUUUUGAAGAGUCUGAUGAGCAAUUUCGCUCUAGACCCAGAGGUGGCAGGAAACGAAAGCGUCCGACCAUUGAAACUCUGCUACGGAAAAGGGUUGUACCACCUACCAAUUCAGAUGUCAGUAAGCUACUUUCUGCAGACUCGGAUGAUUAGCAGAGGUACACUCAGCUGUCCCUAAAAUGUUCUCUCAAAUCAUCCUAUAUAUUACACGGACUACAACGGUGGGUAAAGCAUAUUAAUCAGCCCCUCAUCUUUUAUUCGCCUAUAUUUACCAGUUAUGUUGAAAUAUGUUUUGGCAUAUGGAUCUAUCAAGUGGAAAUAUCACAUGUUUGAGUUAGAAAUCCAAAUCUAUUGUUAGUUUCUU